AUGAACAAUUUAUCAGUUACUGGGACAAAUGGCGGGCUAUUCGCAAAACCGACGAUAGGAAGAAGUGAAUAUGGGCGGGUUAAAGUGGCGUUGGCACCUGGAAAAGGGUUUAUGGAUUGGCUGAGAUUGACAGCUAAUAAGCAUCUCGCAAAGCGAAUAACGGGUGGUGUGGAUCACGAUGAGUUGAUGAAGCAUGACACAAAAGAAGACUGUUGGGUACAUUUAUUUGGAACGGUAUACGACGUCACAAAAUAUCUCGAUUUUCAUCCAGGCGGUAUUCCCGAAUUGCUACGUGCCGGCGGUCGUGACGCCACGCCCCUUUUCAAUCAAUAUCACGCGUGGGUCAAUUAUGAGAGUUUUUUGAAGGCAUGCGUCGUCGGACCGUUUAUUGGAGAUUUAUCAAAGUUACCAUCACCCCUGCCACCUACAACAUCAGAUGACACUAAUAAACUGGGUGUACCGUCUUCAUUAGGCAGCGGCUACUUCGAUGGCGGAUUCGGAAGUCGUGUCGAGACCAUCGAGCAUGGAAUUUCAAUAGAAAAUGAUGAGUGGACGGGACUCACUGAGCAGAAUGUGAUUGUAUCGUUGACACCUGUCUCUGUGAAGACUUCGAUCAAUACACGUGGCGAGGAGAAUUCAGAAGAACACGCACGUCUUCGAGUAUUGAUUCAUCAUUUUUGGCAGCCGGCGAUGGAAUUUGAGUUCGAAUCGACACAGACACUAACCCAGCAGAAAUAUGAACUGAUUGUUAAGAAAAAUCGAGUGGAAAUUCGGUUUCCGGCGCUAGAAAAUCUAGAAGAUGUGCUGAAUCGAGAGAAAUGCAAAAUUCGACGACGACCCGGGUCCUCGUAUCAUUCUACGAAAAUUAUCGAUUUAUUCCGACUGAAUCAUGACACUUUGGUGUUUAGUCUGGAAUUACCUGAAUAUACCACUUAUCGGAUACCGCUGGGAUAUCAUGUGGGGGUGAAAGUCAGAAAAGGAAAGGCCAAUCUGUACCGCCCGUACACACCGAUCUCCAACAUGACUCCUCAGCGUAUCGACCUGAUGAUUAAAAUCUAUCCAGACGGAAUCUGUACUCCGUCACUCGAGAAACUGCAAAUCGGUGACGAGCUGGUGAUAAGUGACCCGAUUGGGGACAAAGAUUUCACUGGAUGGACUGAAAACUCAUCACAAUUGAUUCUGUUGUCAGCUGGAAGUGGAAUUACUCCGAUGAUUGAUUUACUGGAGAGACGGAUUCAGAAGGCAUCGAAUUCUGAAGUCUACAUGCUGAUGUUCAAUAAAACGGAGGAGGAUAUUCAGACGGUGACACCAGAUGGCAAAACGUGGAAACUCGGAGAAAUUUGGAAGACGUUUGAGGGAGAUGAGAAGAUUGUGCUAAGAAACGUCCUCUCCGCUCCGAAAUCUGAAGAAUCCGAAUAUCAACUUCAUGGAAGAAUCACUCCGGAACUUCUGAAGACCAUCAUCCCCACGUCAUCUGAAUCGAGACGAGCAUUCAUUUGUGGACCCGAUGGAUUCAUUGUGGCGGCGAAAAAUGCUCUCGACUCACUCAACAUCUCAUCAGAUCAUGUACACAUAUUCAAAGGAUAA